CUAACUCUCUUAACACUACUAUCUGUCUCUGCAUUUGCCAUACUUUUCCUUCCUCCCAAAAAAAAGGGCAAAACCCCAAAACAAUUCAGCAAACAAAGAAGAAUAUUAUGGAAAUCUCCCAAUUCCAUUUCCAUCCUUAUUCAUGGGACAUACUCUAUAACCCUUAUAUGUUGUUGCCUUAUUACCAAAUGCCUGAAAACCAUGUCCAUUGGAGAGAAACUCCUGAUUCUCAUGUCUAUUCUGCUGAUCUUCCAGGGGUGAGGAAGGAGGAAGUUAAGGUGGAAUUAGAGGAUUCAAAGUACCUAAUAAUUCGGACCGAGGCCGGUGAUCAUUCCGUUGAUCCUCCGAGAAGGUUUACGAGGAAAUUCCGGCUUCCGGGUCGGGUUAAUCUUGAUGGAAUAUCAGCUGCAUAUGAGGAUGGUGUGCUUACAGUAACUGUGCCUAGGAGGGUUUUUUUGAUUAAUCCUGAUGAUUUGGCUAAUAGGUUGCAAGUUACUGCAACUGCAGCUUGAAUGUGAUUCUUGGUUCCCUUUUUUUUAGGCAAAUUUGUCAAAAACUACCUUAUAAAAUAUGAUUUUUGCGAAAAACUACCUUAUAAAAAAAAUGUUGUAAUAAACUACCUUAUAAAAAAUUUAUGUUGUAAGAUACUACCUUUUCCCGAAUUAUGAACGUUUGAUCGAAAUUUCGGGAUUGACUUUACCAUAUAUAUGUCACGUGCCAUUUAAUUACGUCUUUCCCGUUAGAUGUCGCGUAAUAUGCACCUAGUAAAGUCAACGUCGUAAUUUUAAAUUAAUGCUCAUAAUAUGGCCAAAGGUAGUAUCUUACAACAUAAAAAUUUUAUAAGGUAGUUUAUUACAACAUUUUUUUUAUAAGGUAGUUUUUCGCAAAAAUCAUAUUUUAUAAGGUAGUUUUUGACAAAUUUGCCUUUUUUUUAUAUUUAUUUAUGAGUUAGUUUUAAUACUUUCAUUGUUUCAGAAUAUCUUGAGUCUAUUGAUUUAUGUGAGAUCUCUCUAUAAUUGAUUGGAAUUGAAUUUCACAUUUUGAGAUC